CUGCGCGCGCCCCUGUCCCGCAAGGAGAACUCCAACAUACUGCGGGAGAUAGGAACGCCAAAAACGGUGCCAGUGUCCGAGUACCGCGCUUCCGACCGCCAGCCCCUCGAAUCGUCGGCUGCUGCGCGGGUCAUGGGUCCAGUGGAAGAGGUCUAUCACGCCCUGGUAACCGGCACCCGGGACUACAUCCGCAAGAGCGGCUUUUCCAAGGCGCUGAUCGGCCUGUCCGGAGGCAUUGACUCAGCCCUCACCGCCACCGUGGCCGCCGACGCCCUGGGCAAGGAAAACGUGGUGGGGGUCACCAUGCCAUCCCGCUACUCUUCCGAGGGCAGCGUCAGCGACUCCAGGGAACUGGCGGAUAACCUGGGCAUUGAAUGCUGGGUGGUGCCCAUAGAACCAGCCCACCUGGCCUUCACCGACAUGCUGGAGCCUUACUUCGAGGGCACCACCGCCAAUGUUGCCGAGGAAAACGUCCAGGCCCGCAUUCGCGGCAACGUGCUGAUGACCAUAUCCAACAAGUUUGGCUGGAUUGUCCUGACCACGGGCAACAAGAGCGAAAUGGCCAUGGGUUACGCCACCCUGUACGGCGACAUGGCCGGCGGCUUCGCGGUCAUCAAGGAUGUGCCCAAGACCCUGGUGUACGACCUGUGCCGGUGGCGGAACGAAAAGCAUGGUGGGCGGCCCGGGAACAAGCCACCCAUACCCGAGGCCAUCAUCAACAAGCCCCCCAGCGCGGAACUGAGGCCCGACCAACUGGACGAGGACACGCUGCCGCCCUACGAGAAACUUGACCCCAUAGUGCGGGCCUACGUGGAAGAGGACUACAGCUACCAGGAGAUGGUGGAGAUGGGCCACGAUCCGGCGGCGGUGCGGCAGGUGAUUUCCUUCGUGGACCGCAACGAGUACAAGCGCCGCCAGGCCCCGCCAGGAGUCAAGAUAACCCCCCGCGCUUUCGGCAAGGAUAGGCGCCUGCCCAUAGUUAACCGCUACCGUCCGGUUUAG